AUGGCCGUGUCACAGAGAGGGAGCACCACGAGCACCUCUGCAUUCCAGAUGUUGAAGCGGCUUUACAUGCAGACGCGUGAGGAGCUCAGCUCAGCCGCUGCUGCCUCUCAAAGCUGCCCCUCCAGCUCGAGCUGCCGCUUUGGAACGAGGACCGCUGCGCCCGGGCACGCCACCAUGGUGCGGGAGCAGUUUGUGACCACCACCCUGGGCAGCGGCUCGCCCAGGUCGCUGCCCGACCCCGUCUACAAGAUCGGCAUCUACGGCUGGAGGAAGCGCUGCCUCUACCUGUUCGUGCUGCUGCUCAUCGUCAUUCUGGUGGUCAACUUUGCCCUCACCAUCUGGAUCCUCCGGGUGAUGCGCUUCAAUACGGAAGGGAUGGGACUCCUACAAGUGCAUUCCGAUGGGGUCAGGCUGGAGGAAGGCGAGUCGGAGUUUCUUUUUCCCGUCUACGCCGAGGAGAUCCACUCCAGAGAAGACUCCUCGCUUGUGGCCCGCUCGUCGGAAAACGUUUCCCUUAAUGCCCGCGAUGAGAACGGUGACGUUCGGGGGAGGAUAUCUGUGGGUCCAAAAGAGGUUCAGGGACACACUCAGAAUUUGCAGAUUGACUCCCACAACGGGAACAUGCUGUUCAGAGCAGACGGCAACCAGGCUGCGAUCGGACCGGACAAACUGCGGGUCACAGGUCCUGAGGGGGCCGUGUUCCAGCACUCGGUGGAGGUGCCUCUGCUGAAGUCCGAACCUUUCAAAGACCUGCGAAUGGAGUGCCCCACCCGGUCCCUGACUAUGGACGCUCCAAAAGGAGUUCAUAUCAAAGCCCUGGCAGGAAACAUAGAGGCAGCUUCCACCAUGGACGUUAUCCUAAAGUCAACUUUAGGGCUGCUGGUGUUGGAUGCUGAGACGGUGCGCAUGCCCAACCUGCCCCUGAGCAAGGAGGAGGUGUCCGGAAACACUCAAGGCCUGUAUGAGGUUUGCGUCUGUCCCAGCGGGAAGCUCUUCCUCUCCCAGGCUGGAAGAACUUCCACUUGCAGUGAUAAUCAGAACUGCUAGAUAGACUCUGACAAGGUCAUCGCCUUCCCAUAUCUCUGAGGGUGCAUCUUGUGGGAGCAGUGAGCACAACUUUCUAUGGAGCACAGUUUUUUCUUCUUUCUUUUAUAAUCUUCAUAGCACAGUGGAUUUGCGAUGAUGGCACACGUGAAGAUGCAAAUGCCCGCUGGCAUACAUGUCUGAGAUAUCUUGAACUGCAUUGUUUUCCAGUUGCGUUUGUGAACUUCUAACUAUUCAGCUGAACAAAUUUGGCUCUAGGUUGUAAUUUCUUUCUGCAUCAGAGCUUCACAAAGAAUAUUUUACACACAGUAUAAAGGCUGGGCAAUGAGGAGCUGGUAACAGCUUACAUCCUAUGCAAUAUUAUCUUGUGGUGCAAUAAAUGAAAUGAAAACAUGUCCAGGACUUGGAAAAUUGGAAAUGAAAAUCUUUUGAAUGUGGACAUGGUUUUAUUAACGAUAAUCGUUUGGGUUUAUUUCACCCUCCUUGACUCCAAGCCCUUGGUAUGUGGGUUUUCUAUUUUUAUUUUCAGCAUGUCCUUAUUAUUUAACGGUGUUGUUCUUUGCCUUUGUUAGAGUUGAUUCAUAUAGUUGGUUGAAUACAAGUUUUUGCUAAGAUUAAUUGAUUAUGUUGUGUUGUUGUGAUGUCACUGGAACAUCUGUUAAAGGUGAUAUGCAGUUCUCACAUCAGGCCAGGUUGUGUGUAAUGUGUAUUUAUGAAUUUUUUAUGCUAAAUGAACUGUUUCAGUGUUACUCAUACAUUAAUGUUUUUUUUCAUGAAGUGUGCUGUUCUGUUAUCCUAUUAAACCCUAUGGAGAAAAACAGA